AGAGCGCCGGGAAGGGAAGGGGGACCGGCUCCGCGCUGCUGUGGGACCCCUGAGCCGCGGGCACAACACCCGCUGCUGGUGGAGCAGCGCUGAGGGGAGGGAAGGAGCUUGGCAAGGCCAGGGAGAGGUUCUCGGGGGGCUUCGAAAAGCUCUUCUCCUCCUUCUAUUCCUCCUUUCCUAUUCCUCAUAUUCCUCUUCUCCUUUUCCUAUUACAGUCCUUCUGCUGUUCUUCCUGUUUGUCUCCUCCUUAUAUUCUUCCUUUUCCUUUCCUAUUCCUCCUCUCCUUCUCCUAUUCCUUUCCUCCUGUUUCUGUCCCUCUCCUCCUUCUGUUCUUUUCCUCCUCCUCCUGUUCCUCUCCUCUUAUUCCAGUUCCUCUCCUCCUCCCAUUCCUCCCCUCCCUCUCCUUUUCCUCUCUUCCCUGUUCCUUCAUUCCCCUCUUAUUCCUUCUCUCCUCCUAUUCCUCCUCAUCUCUUCCUCUUAUCCGUCCUCUCCUCCCAUUCCUCCUCCUCUCCUCUUCCUGUUCCUCCUGUUUCCAUCGUGUUCCUCCUCUCCCUGUCCUGUUCCUGCUCCAGCAGUUGCCCACUGUCUGCACACAGACAGGCUGUGGCUGAGCUCACGCUCUCACACGUGUAACAAAACAAUCCUCCAGGACUUUCUGCCAGAUUUACGUUUGUUUUCAUCAUUUCCUGAAAGCUUUCAUCCAUAUGGGAAGUGGUUUGUGAAAGCAGCCAAACUCCGUUCUUUCCCAGCAUGUUCUUACAUGGCUGAAUAUUAUGCAAAGGGCUGAAGGUUUAAUUUUUUUUUUUUUUUUUUUUUUUUUUUUUUUUUUUUUUUUUUUUGCUUUGACCUCAUCUGAGUUUGGAUUCUCUGGCUGAGCUUUGCAGCUUGUUUGCCCCAAGGCUUCCUGUAAUCCUCUUUUUGGUUGCACCAGGCCUCCUCCCUCAAACACAGCGUGUGCUGUGGUGUGGUUUUCCUCCCCUCCCUUUCCUCUGGAAUUUAUACUUUGGUGAAAUUACUGGGUAGGAAAAGUGACUUUUGGAGGAAGGCAGAGCCUGGUGGGGGGGCAGCAGGGCAGGUUAAUGUUAAACACAACAUGCUAAUUUGUGGCCAGACCCAACCAGGUUUCUCAUCCAAGGACCCUUUGCUCCGUGUCCUGCUGGGUCUGGAGUUGGGAAAUGCUGCCAGAGAUCCCACGGUGGUCCCUGAGCCUCUGAGGAGCUCCUGGGAAAUCUCUUCCCCAGGAGUUACCCAGGGUUUGGCAACACUCAGCAAUGUGGCCUUGCUCAGCCAGUGCUGCAAACUCUGACCCUGGCUGGGCUUUUUGGGAUCAGGGAAGGGUUUUGCAAGGGGAUUGCAGCAAAAAUCUCCUGUGUCAGGGCAUGUUGGCUGAGACACAGUCACACUCUGGUCACCUUGAAGUGGGAGUUGGGGAAAAUUUAUGGGAAGUUGGGCAAGCGUUGGCUAAUAAGGGAGGAAAAGUGCUCUGUGGCACGUGCUGGGGAAGAACUGAGUUGGCAGAACUGAAACCUAAUUCUGCACUCUCUGCUUCUGAAUUUGUGCUGUGCUGGGGCUGCACAGAGGAUGCAAAAAGCAGCAGGUUUGGGGCUGUAGAGCAGAAUGGGACUGACCUGUGGCCAUCUGUGGGUUUCUGUGCUUGGGUUUGGGAAAUGCACUCAGGAGAGGGGGGAUUCUGCCCCUCUGCCCCUGGGCUCAGGUGAGACCCCACCUGCAGAGCUGCCCCAGCCCUGGGGCCAGCACAGGAGGGACCUGGAGCUGCCGGAGAGAGCCCAGGGGAGGCACCAAGCUGCUGAGGGGGCUGGAGCAUCUUCCCCAUGGAGCCAGGCUGGGAGGGCUGGGGCUGCUCAGCGUGGAGAAGAGAAGGGUGUGUGGAGACCUCACAGCUCCUUCCAGCGCCUGAAGGGGCUACAAGAACAUUUGAGAGGGAUUUCAUCAGGAACUGGGGUAGCAGGACAAGGGGAAUGGCUUCCACUGGCAGAGUGCAGGGAUGGAUGGGAUAUUGGGAAUUAGGAGUUGUUCCCUGGGAGGGUGGGCAGGCCCUGGCACAGGGUGCCCAGGGAUCCACUGCCCCUGGAUCCCUGGCAGUGCCCAAGGCCUGGUUGGACAGGGCUUGGAGCAGCUGGGACAGUGGAAGGUGUCCCUGCCCAUGGCAGGGGGUGGGAAUGGAUGGGCUUUGAGAUCUCUUCCAACCCAAACCGUUCUGGGAUCAAAAUCUCCUGGCAAGCUGUAGGGAACAAAGCCCAAAGGAGCAGGAAGGGCAAUAGGUGGGGGAACAGCCUCGUGAGGUGAAAUUUAAAAUCACCUGGCAGAUUGCUCCCAGUUUGGAAGGAGCAAAACCAAAGACUGUAAUUCAGUGGACGCUGAAGCAUUGGAAAUAUGAGUGAGGGAAGAAUUUACUUUUCUAAAAUAAACUAAUUUGAAAUUUGUGAAGCCUCCAAGCCCAAAAGCUCACCCAGUGAGUUACUGCUCCUUAGCCCACUGUCCUUUGCAUCCCUCAUCCUGUAUUGGCUUUUGGAUUCCCGAGUGGAUUUUUCUGCUCCCUCUGAGUGCUGGGGCCAGAUAGGAUAUCUUGGCUCAUCUCUUGGCCUGCAAGUGUUGUUUGCACUUGCCUAAAGAAGGUGAUACCCCCAUAGUGCAAGGUCUGUGGUGUGCAAUCCAUGGGAGGAUUGGAACGUCCUUCCCAGUUCUAGGGUCUGGAUAAAGGACUGCAAGCUCAGGAUACUGGGGCCUGUGUAAAUAUCCUUGGCUGGGUUUCAUUGUAGCAUGUGUGCCUGUUCUUUUGGAUGGGGGUGAAGAAAUCGGUCCGAUGCUUGGCUUAAAAAGCAGUUUUAAAAGAUGGUGCUAUGCAGCUGCCAGGGAAAUGCACGAUGGAAAGAUGCUUGGAGUCUCCCUCCAUUGUGUCACCUGGGUGGUUAAGCCAGGCCUGCAUGUUUGUUCCCUCUUGACUGGAGAAGAUGGAAAACAGUGCCUGAGCCUUGCAAGGAGCAAAAGAAAAGGGAAGGUGAAUUUAUACACCCCAGUACCUGAGAGGGAAGAUGGGUUUCACAGCUGCUCCGACAGGAGAACAAAGCGCCCGAGUGAGGAGCUGGCAGCCAGGAGUGCUGCAGCUCUGUCCCCAAAAGUUCUGCUUGAGUCACUCAACAAGAACGAGCCGUCGGCCAAUGGCCAAUCCCAACCCAGGGAAUCCACAAACCCUCAGUUCAGGAAAAUGAGUGGAGACUUCCCAUCAGCCAAUGGAGAGGCUGGGGGGGAGGCCCCCAAGGGCUACACUCAGGACCAGCUGGAUGCAGUGAAGAGGGUAAAGCAGUGCAAAGAUUACUAUGAAAUUCUGGGAGUCAACAGAGAAGCUUCUGAUGAGGACCUGAAAAAGGCCUACAGGAAACUGGCCCUGAAGUUCCACCCGGACAAGAACCACGCGCCGGGGGCCACGGAGGCAUUCAAAGCCAUCGGGAACACGUACGCGGUGCUGAGCAACCCGGAGAAGAGGAAGCAGUACGACCAGUUCGGAGACGAGAAACUCAACCCCGCCCGCCACGGACACAGCCACGCCGACUUCCACCGCGGCUUCGAGGCUGACAUCUCCCCCGAGGACCUCUUCAACAUGUUCUUUGGGGGUGGUUUUCCUUCUAGUAAUGUUCACGUGUACAGCAACGGCAGGAUGAGGUACACCUACCACCAGAGGCAGGACAGGCGGGAGCACCAGGGGGAUGGUGGCCUGGGGCUGUUUGUCCAGCUGAUGCCCAUCCUCAUCCUGAUCAUCGUGUCUGCUCUCAGCCAGAUGAUGGUCUCCAGCCCACCCUACAGUUUGAGCCACAGGCUGUCUGUGGGUCACACACACAAGAGGGUCACAGAGCACUUGAAAGUCCCCUACUACGUGUCCGAGAACUUUGCUGAGGAGUACACGGGCACGAACCUGAAGAACGUUGAGCGGAGCGUGGAGGACGACUACAUAGCAAACCUUCGGAACAACUGCUGGAGAGAGAAGCAGCAGAAGGAAGGCUUGCUGUACCGGGCACGCUACUUCGGGGAUUCGGAUCUGUACCAGCGGGCACAGAAGAUGGGCACCCCCAGCUGUAGCAGACUGUCAGACGUCCAGGCCUCCCUGCACGGAUAGUCCCAGCCCAAGUACGAGCCGGGAGCAGGGAACCGUAGUGCUUUUAUCACUGAAAUCCCUGAUUGAGACACAGCCCUCCAGGAGUCUCCUCGGGGUGCACACGUGCAGCCUCCCCUCCGACGGGCGCUCCCUCGUUAAUCAGGAAUUGAUUUGGUUUAAUUUGCAUGUCGGCGCCCUCGGCUCUCUCCAGGCUCCCUGUUUUCUGUGGCCUCUAGGAACAGGGCAGAAUCCCUUGGUGAGGUUGGAAGUUUCUUAGGUGCUGUGGCAUCCAGCCCCCACAUUUUAAUGAGCCCUUGUUUUUAGUUGCUUUGUUGUCUGUUUUGCUGGGAAGGCUGUUGGCCCUGGCACGUGAAGCAGUGCGGUGACAGGGAAUGGAGUCCCACCCAACAGUUGUUCCUUGUCCCCCCUCCCCGUUGCCUUCCCAUUCAAGGAGAACAAAGCAAAUGUUCCCAGCAGGUUGUAGAAGUAACUUACUGGGUUAAACUGGCAAUCAAAGUACAAGCAGCUGGAGGGUGAGGUCUGGAAGAUUGGGGAUUGGAGAGCUUGGAUUAAGGAAAGCACAGAUAACACAUGUGUGACCGGAUGUGCUGGGAGAACUACACCAAAAUAAUGAAAAAAAAUUGCCACAGGGUUUGGAGUCCUUUUUCUGCAAAAAUUUUUGGGCUGAUUUCGCCUACCAGGCUGGGCUGCCUGUGAAAUGUGCAGAUCCCACUACCCCAGAAUUAUCUGAGCACAGGAUUUCUAUAGAAAAACUCCUGGGUGAAGCUUGUUCCAGGUGUUGCAUGGACACCGUUCUGGCUCACAGGGACUCCUUGAGGAUGUUGGCCACUGAGCUGCUUGAUUUGCACUUUUGGGGGGUGUUUUCCUCGGCAUCUGAAAGUUUGGCCUUUAAAGCAAAUCCUCUGGGGCACACUGGGCUUUUUUUUUUUUUUGUGUGUAUCCUGGUUUUGGAUCCGUUCUUAUCUUGAUCCGCCCGCUCUCUCGUUUGGAUGACUGCGCCUCUUCUGGUGUUAAUUACCUGCUUUUCUUUAAUUCCCUCCCUGCACCCGUGGUCUGGAAAGAGCCUGGAAAAGCUUCUGCCUGUGCUGUGGGGUGGGGAAGCAAGGGGGAGUCACAGAUUGGCCAGAGACUGACACCGCCGCCGCUUUUGUUCCCAGAGCGUUGAAACGCCUAAAGACUUCUGGGGAAGUGCACUGAGCCGAGGUGACAGACUCUGCUAUUUAAAAAGAAUCAAACCUUAUCUUAAAAAUGGAAUUGGAGAAUUAGCAACGCACAACUGCCCCUCUUUCUUCUCUCUGCCUCUCUCUGACGAUCGCAGGCAGCGCUUGGGACAGGAAAUCCAGCUCUUGUCUUCCUCCUCCCCUUCCAACACCGCUGGCGUGCUCCCAGGAUCCCACAAGGAUCCCACAGCCCCUGGAACAGACACACAGAGUGUAAAAUAACCCAAACUAACUGCAGAAGCCGUGAAGCAGAAGGAGACCCUUUGCUGCUGCCAAUGGAGAGAGAAGUGGGAUUUUGUUGAUAAAAGAAGAUGCUGAAGAAAAAGAAAAGAAAAUAUAAUCUAUUUAGCAUUAAUUUAUAGCUGUAUAUAUGUUGUACUUUUAAACUAUGCAGGGGUUGGAUGAUUAAAUUAUUCUGGUUUCUGCCCGUUUUGGGGAGCAGGGCGGCGGGAAGCGUCUCUGUCCACAGCACUUUCCUGCCUGGAAAACAGGAAUCCCUUUGCAGUUGCUGUCCUUUGCUCCCAGGAGGAUGUUCUGCAGAUGGGGACAUCCAUACACCUGCUCCUGGGGUUUUGAUAAAACCAAACCCCAAAUGUGCAGGGGGUCACAGAGAACGGGGGGAGCCCAUCCAGAGCCAUGGAUCUGCAGCGUCGGCAGAAGCCGCAGGGUCAGCUGAGCGCCGGCGUCGCGCUCAGGAUGGGAAGGAUUGUCCUGGAUGGAUUUUGCUCGUCAGUCUUUGGUUAAUUUGUGCACGUAACUCCUUUUUCUGCCGAGUCUGCUCGAAUUCUGCCUGGUAAUCAGCGUGCUCCGUGCAGAGAGGGCUUUCCAACAGCCCUUUGUUGGGAGGUUUUGUGCUUGGGUUCCUCACCCCCACCAGCCACCCACCGGCGCUCCCGGGUGCAGCCUGGCCCUGGCCUUCACACCCUGUCUCGUGUUUCCUGCAGGACACCUGGAAAAAUACCACAAAUCCAUAAGGAACAAAGUAUUCUGUUGGAAGAAGUUCUGCUGGGGGAGAUCAGGGAGUGUCUGAUCUGCCUCUGCCUGCCCCACCAGAGGCAGGACCAGUGUGAGGCUGCUCCAGGUGAGGAGCCAUCUCUUGGAAUCAAAGCCAGCACGAGCAGAGCCACCUCCCAUGGAAUAAACUGGAUUAUUUAACUUUUUUAAUUUUUUUUUUUUUUGCUGCUCUGCAGCUCAUUUGUGUCUAAAGACAUUUCCAGUGAAAACCAUCCCCUGGCACGGUCAGGGGAGUGAGCUGGGAGCACGGCAGCUUCCGGGUGGGCUGGCAGAGGUGGUUUUAUCCCGUUGUCCUUAGGAAUCCAUGCACUCUGUCUUGGCUGUUUAUUUAUUUUGUGAAAUCUCAACCUCCCAUUGGCUGCAGGCCCUGUUAUCCCACAGCCACCGUGGCUUGGACUUGAUUUUAGGGGGUUUUAUUAUUUCUUUUUUUUUUAAUGGUUCCUCCACCUUCAGACGAAAUUGGGUGGAAGUUCAGGAUUGGAAAUGGCGCUCGAUAGAGGCACAGGGAUGAGGGGACGGGGUUAAACCAAAAUCCUGCUCGCGGAAGGAGCUGGAUGUGUUGCCCAGUGGCAUUCCCUGCCCGGAGCCUGCCUGCCAAAACCUUCAGGUUAUUUUUCCUGGUAGAUACCCAUGGAUCAUAAGGAGGGAGAAGGCAUCGAUCCCAGUGGAAGCUCACAGAGGCUGUAUCUCUCAAUUUAGAGUCAAUUAUACAAUUGUACAUCUAUAAAUAAAUGUUUAUAAUGUGAAA